AUGGCACGAUUCAGUUGCUUGUUGAUCAAAUUUUUCGUUCUGUUUUGGCUCGUUUGCGCGGCGGUUUGCGCCAGCCAGAGGACCCACCACAAGCGGGACAUUCACAGGAUUAUACUCCAGGAGAGGUCUCCGAGGGGCCAUAAGAAGCACGGGGUUUACGGGCAUGCUCACAGCAAGAAGAAAGGGCAUAAAAGUAAGAUAAGAAACAACAGCGAUGAAUCGAAUUCGAGCAGUUAUGAGGAUAGUGUAAGCGAAGAAACCAGCUUCGAAUUGAUACCCCAAAGACACAAAACGCAGAAGAAACAGAGCCACAGAAAACCGAAGAAAAUACACCAACGUCACCCUACUAAUCUAGAUAUUGAAGAAACCAGGUUGCAUUCGUAUAGAGAAGAACUACUUCCGUUCUCCAACAGCGAUUGGGUACCACUUCAAAUACCUCCAGAACAUCAUCAAAUUCACCACAGGGAGAAGGACAGGAGGAGCAAGAGGAAGCCGAAGAAACAUUCGCACAACAAAAGCAAACCCUACAGACUCGAAUCCACUACUUACAUUCCUUUAACGUUCGACAGCUCCACGUUGUACCCUCCUAUAGACGUUCUCUCCAGUUUCGCCAGUUUGAAUAAAAACAUCAUGCAAACGAACCCUUCGAUUCUAUCGACCUUCGAACACACCACCGCGAAGGAUUCCGGCGGUAAAAUGAGCAAUCACAAAUCGGGCUACGAUGUUACAGAACACCAGCCCAGCGAUCUGAGCGAAUUGAUCCUGGUACCGGACAAAACCGAUUACGAGAUGAAUUUCGGAUCGACCGGCAAGUACGAGUUUAAGGACUCGAAAAAUCGAGGCGGUUUUUAUAGGGGUAGAACUAAGUACUGA